CUGACAGAAAGGCUUUUAAAUGUUUUGGUGACAUCUGAGGUUUCUAAAAUUUCGGAUGUACGGAUUUACAUUAAGAAGUUUGGAAAUGACGAUUUCAUUAAAGAUAUUAACAAAAAUCUUGCUGAUUGGAUACAAUCAGACGAAAAUGUAAAACAUUGUAAGUUGGAUGUUCUAUGUGAACUUUUUUGUCCAACAUCUUCCAAAAUAAAAACUGGUGAAGUACGGUCACAUAUAAAUGACAACUGGUUGUCACAGAGACUUUUAGAUUACACGAUACAAUCUCCUGUUUAUAUGGAUUUUAAUGUGGAGUAUCAUAUCAGGAUGUUCAAAAGUGACGAUUUUAUCAGAAAUUUCAAUAACAAACUCAUGGAAUGGUUACAGUCACAUGAAAAUGUAAUGAAUUGUAAGUUGAACGUGUUAUAUGAAUUUGUUCGCCCAUCCUAUUUUAGAAUUAAGAAUGGAGAAAUUGGUGCAAGCACAAAUGACAACUGGUAGACAGAAAGGAUUGUAAAUCAAUUAGCGAAACAUGAUGCUCCUCAAAUUUGGCAAGAACAAAGUUACAUGAAGAAGUUUGGAAAUGACGAUUUCAUCAGAGAUGUCAAUAAGAAAUUCACGGAAUGGUUACAGUUCCAUGAAAAUGUUAUAAAUUGUAAGUGGAUCGUGAUAAUUGAAAUGGUUCGCCCAUCAUCAUUCAGAAUUGAAAAUGGAGAAAUUGGUGCAACCACAAAUGACAACUGGUUGAUAGAAAGACUUUUGAAUGUUUUGGUGACAUCUGAGGUUUGUAAAAUUUCGGAUGUACGGAUUUACAUUAAGAAAUUUGGAAAUGAUGAUUUCAUUAGAGAUUUCAAUAAGGAUCUUACGGAAUGGUUACAGUCACAGGAAAAUGUAAUUAAUUGUAGUUGGAAAGUGUUAUGUGAUUUGUGUCGUCCAACAGCUUUCAGAAUUACAUGUGGGCAAAUAAUCGCACUUGUUAAUGAUAGCUGGUUGAUUCAGCGCCUUAUUAAAGAUUUGGAAAGUGUGUCGCUAAUGAAUGUAAAACAUUAUAUUAAAAACUUUGGAAGUGACGAAUUUAUUGAUAAUUUUAAUAAGAGAUUCACUGAAUGGUUACAAUCAGAGGAAAAUAUCAAAAAUUGUUACUGGCCCACUUUGGCAAAAUUUGUUCGUCCUACAUCAUUCAGAAUUGGAAACGGUGAAAUAGGAGCAUUCACAAAUGACAACUGGUUGACACAGAGACUUAUAAGUGAAUUGGUGAGUCCUGAUGCUAUACACGUGUUACAUGUAAUAGAUUACAUUAAGAGAUUUGGGAGUAAACAAUUUGUCGAUGGUUUUAAUAUUCACUUGACAAUAUGGUUACAAUCAGAAGAAGACGUUAACAAAUUUAAGUGGGACCGGUUAUUUAAAAUGAUUCGUCCAACUUUUGAUACUGCUGAUAUAGCAGUUCCAAGAACUGAUAGUUGGAUAAUACAGAGACUAAUAUAUGGAUUAUCGAAGUCUGAAUUUGAAAUAGGAACUGUCAGACAAUCUAUUGAGAAUUAUGGAAGUGCAGAAAAUUUUAUCAUAUGUUUCAACGAUAAAUUUCGUGCAUGGAUAUUAGAAAAUACGAAAACGUGUGAAUGGCAAUUAUUCAAAGAAGUUGUUAGGCCUCUCUCGUACUCUAACAGUAGUGACGAAUUUUCUGUUUGUGUUGAUGAUACACAGGUUGUUGAAUAUUUGUUUGAAGAGUUACAUCAAAAACCCGAUGUAUUUUCUAUAAAAUGGUACAUCCAAAAGUACGGAUCAGACGAAUUUAUUUUAAAAUUCAACAAAAAGCUAAACACGGAACUCAAUUCUGUAGGUGUCAUAAAAACAUGGGAACAUUUAGAACAUUUUUAUAAAGAUAGAUUUUUUGAUAUUCUACAUUUUGAAUCAGAUUGCCACCACGAAGAAUCAAAACGUGGUUCUAGAAAAUUGAGUAACAGGUUUUUAAAUUAUUUUGAUUUAAAUUUUGAUUUGGAUUGUUCUGAUGACGACGAAUACGAUCAUGCGAAUUUGAAUGAUGAUUCUGAAUAUUCUACAUAUGUCGAGGACGUAAAUUUUGACUCAAGUACUGAUUCUGAUAUUGAAGGAACGAAUGAUGAUGAUUAUGAUGAUUACGAUCGUCGUUUAUAGAAAAACAAUAUCAUUAAAUAGGAAAUGGACAGAGAAAUUUUUGAUUAUGAUGGAGUAAAUGGAUAAACGAAAAUUCUUUUCAAGAUGAUUUCAAUUUUGAUCUGGUCUCAACGGAAGAAGAAGGAAUGAUUGAACACAUAUAUUUGAAAAAGUAAACAAGCAGACUGUUCCAUUCCUUCUAUUAUACCUUGUUUACUUGAUAUAAGAGCGAAAUAAAACUCUGUUGGUAUAUGUAUUAGAACAAAUUCUUUAAAAAUGUAAACUUAAGGUAUGUGUUGACAGUGUUAUAUACAGCAGUAAGUGUCUAACUUUGAACUAAAUUAUUUGACAUAUGUGUAUAAAUUUUACAUAAAGGGGAGUAAUCCGACUGUUAUUUUGUAAACUUAAUACAUAUUUAUUCUCAUUUUACACAAUAUCAGAGAAAAAAUGUAAUACAUAUGUACCUUAAACUCUUUUAGUAUCUUAAUAUCUUUUAUCAUCUUUCAAGUCAAGGACAUGCAUGAAAUAUUUUUCUUGGACUUUAAGCAAACCAAAAAUCAAUCAAUCGAUUAUCUUUAGUAAUUAAACUACUGUAAAUCUAAUGAAAUGCUAUCCCCCAAUUUCACUUAUUCUACUGCAUGAAACGAAUGUUUCUAAAAAAUCUUCUUAUCAACAUCUGAGCAUAUGGUAGCUAUAGUGUUGAUUUUCAAUUACAGCUUUUUUUCUUAAAACAUUUAAUCAACAGCCAAGAUGAUUUUUUUUUCAAUUUUGGCAGCUUUUCUCAUAGAUCUACUGUAACAGUUAUAAUUAUAACUUGCCUGAUCACAAGUUACACAGUCUAAAUACAGACUAAAUAUGUAUCUUACUACCAUUACCAGGGAGGUAAUAUUUUUUAAUCAUAUAAAACGGAUUUCUGUGUUAAGAAUAUUAUUAACGAACUCGCGGAUGUCAUUUGUUGUUUGUGACAGCUUUAGUGUAUCCCUAAUACCCCGUUUAAAUUAGUAACAAAGACCUUUCUUAAGAUCGAUCUUUUUCGAUCUUUAAAAGAUCGAUAUUAAUCUUUAUGUAAAUAUGAAAGGUCGAUCUUUAAAUCGGACUUAAAAAGUCCACCAUUAAAGGUUGUUUAAAAAAAAUCUUUUAUAAUCGAAUCGUAAACAAACGCUUAGAUCGAUCGCGAUCAAUCCUUCAACGAUCUUCAACAAGUGACUGUUAUAUUUAGAUACAUGAAAAUAAAACCGCGCAUGUUCGGGUUAAAGAAACACGUGUUUGAAAACAAUGUAUGAUAUAAGACCAGUAUACACAUAGAUUUCAUCGUCUUCGAAUUUUUCUAUGUCACUUCGAGGCUUAAUAUAUUCAAAUUAUUAUUGUUGACACACAUAUUAGUUGUUUUAUAGUUAUGUUGUGAAUAUCAUUAAUGAUUGCAUGUUGUAUGCAUUUUUUCAUGUUUGCAAUGUACCUGUAUUAUAUGUUGAUAAUCCAUAAUUCAUAUUGCUCUGCCAAAUGUUGUUUUUGUGUUAUUGGUUAUUUGAAAUUCAUGAUAUGUGGCUGAUGAUUAUUUUUUUGGUAAUAUUUUUUUUUUAAUUUGAAGCAACAAUUCGAUUGGUUUGUUUAUUGACAAUGGUAAUAACAUAUAUGUACUAAUGUUAAUGCAUCAUUUACGCGUUUCAUCAGUUAUUGUCACUUCAAUUAUGCUCGUUGCCAAAUUAUUUAAAGAUUGAAAUACAAACAAAAAAGUAUUUGAAAACAUAAUUCACGUCAUUUGAUACAAAUUAUGCCAUGUUUUAUACGCUUUAUCAUACAUUUUAAUAGGAAAGUAUAUAGGAACUGCUUACUGAUCCAAAGCACCUAGGUUACCUUCAGAUUUAUUUUAGCCUUGUUUUAACAACUUUAUCAUAUAUAGGAACUACGUAAUUAUUCAUCCGAAGAACCUGGGUUAACUUACAAUUUGCGUCCUGUAGUUCAUAGAAAUAUUUUGAUUAUUGUAUUUUUAUUUUUUUAUUUGUGUUUUGAUUUCAUUGAGUAUUUUUUGUCUUACUAAUUAAAGGUAAUGUGUGUACUAUAUAUAAACACAUUCUGAAUAAUACCUACUAGUAUUAAUAAAAAAAUAGUAACAAUAAACCAACGAUUUAAUAACAAGUAUACUGUAAUAAGCAAAAGAAUACUUUGAGACUGGUGAGUAAAAUGUGCACUUUUGAAAUAUCAAAAUUUUAAAGUUUAACCCUCUUGCUGCCCGUAGUUUUUAUGAUUUCAUUUCGUGUGCCAGAAAAUAUGAAAGCUUGACGUCUUGCCAAACAAUGACGUCAUUCAAAAAAUGCCGUAAUGACCGUUCCAUUUUUGACCCACUGAAGAAAAAUAAUUCUCUAACUUCUGUGCUAUUUUCAUAUUUCCGAUUAGGGUUGUGAUAAAUGGAAGGCAUGCGAUAAAGGGGUGUGUUACAGGGUAGGCAUGCGAUAAGGGGGUGUGAUAAAGGGUAAACAUGCGAUAAAGGGGUGUGGUAAAAGGUCUGCAUCAAAGUUGAGCGAUACGGAUUAAACAGCAGGCUAUUUAUCAUAUAUUCAAAACUACUGUAUUUACUAUAUAGAAUAAUACAUGGCAAAAUCCGUAGCGCAUGCUGUAUCAUCACGAGAAACCAAUAUCAGUCCCGAGGGCCGAAGGUCCCGAGGGCUGAUAUUGGUCGAUACGGAUUUUGCCAUGUAUUAUUCUGUUUAUCAUAUAUUUUAAUAGAAUUAGAAUCAUGGGAUAUCCGUUUUUUUUUAAAUCGUCCAAAAUAUAAGCAAGAAAAGAACAUUAUGAUUUUCAUGUAUUUUUCUUUUAGCUUAAUUGUUGUUUUUUUAUAUACUUCCUUAUUUGCUUAAUAUCCACAUCGUAAUGUCACAUUUAACCUUAUUACAUUUUCAAUAUUCUUUUAAGACCAUGUAUUUAAAAGCAUUCACUAACGAUGCUGUCAGCUAUUCCCUCCAAGUAUCAUCUAUUAAAAUAUUAUUAACAGACAAACUGGGGGAUUCCUAUAUGUUCAGUCAUUGGACAUACGUAAGUUGCCACUAAAAAAUGUCCUAUCAU